AUGUCUAGGCUUUAGAAAUAAUAAUUAGAAUAAAAAGAAUAGAAAUUCAUUUAUGAAUUACUUCCGAAUAAGUAUUAUAAUUAAUAAAAAACUUGUUGGGCUAUUGCUAUUGAUGAUGAUACAAAAUUUUUAGUAGCAAGUUCAGAAUCUAACUUUAAUUUAUUUUAAUUCAAGGAUGGAGAUAUAAAGAAAAUUCAAAUAAUUUAAAAACAUCAAGCUUGGAUUACUACUCUUAAUUUUUCAAAAUAGAUGUCUUUUAUCAUUUCUGGAUCAAAUUGUAUAUAAUUAUGGUCUUAAAUUUUAUAAUCUAAUCCUAAAUUUAUGUUUAAAUUGAAAGAGCAUUCCUCAAACAUAUAAUGUCUGAUUCUUAGCUUUUUUAAUCAUCCAUUAAUAAUUAGUGGUUCUAAGGACAAUACCAUAAAAUUUUGGUAUCAAUAGUAUUAACAAUGGAAAUGUUAAUAAACUAUAAUAGAUCAUUCUAAUACUGUUUCUGGAUUAUCAUUAAAUAAAGAAGCUAAUACUUUAAUUUCUUGUGGAGAAGAUCAUCAGAUUCUAAUCAUAAUAAAUAUACAUAAAUAUAAAUGGAAUGUUAUUUAAAAAAUAUAAGGAUAUGGAGUAAGAUUAUCAUUUAUUUCUAAAGAUACUUUUGCAUUUUAACCUUGGUAAGCAAGUUAUCUUGAACUUUACUCUUAUGAUUCAACUAAAGGAUAAUAUUUGAAAAUUAAUGAAUUUCCUAUAUCAGGUUAGACAUAAUUUUGUACAUUUUUAUUUCCUUGUAUUUUUGUUCCAUCUAAACUAAUUUUUCUUUCUAAAAAUGGGUAUAAUUUAAAUCUAAUAUAAUUAUAAAUAAACUCAUCAAAAUUCGACGGUCAUUUGAUGCAAGCAAUUGAUUUUUAAUUUCCAAAUAAUUGGCUAGGCAACAUAUUUGGUACUAUGAAUCAAAAUGGAGAAUUUUUGAUAACAUGGGAUAGUAAAUCUAAAUAAAUUUAAAUUAGAUAAUAUAAAGAGAUUGAUUUAUUCAAAAGAACAAAAAAUUAAAAAAGCAAUUGCAAUAUAUAUUGAUUAUUUUUAUUAUAUAGAAAAAUAAUAUAUUAAUUCAUUCAUUUUUUCAUAGUUUGUAAAAAAAAUUAAUUUAUUAUCAUUCAUAACAAUCAGUACUUUAAAUACUUUAUUUUUAUUAAAUAAAUUGCCUUUUUCAUUAUUGAAUUAACAAUAAAAAUAUUAUCGAUAUAUUUUUUAAGUGAACUUGAUUUUAGUUGAAAAGCUUAAAUAUGAAUAAUAAAUAAUUGAAUUGUUCUAAUUUUUAAUAAAUAUGACAAAAAAAUAAUUACUAAUCAAAAAUAUAAUUUGGAAAUUGUAAGAUAUAUUGUUAUUUUAAUAUAAUGAAGAAAUAUGA